CGAGGGAAGGUUUCAAGGCUUUGACCCGCGGGGGGAGGAGAGAAAGCAGCCGCCGGAUCUGGCAGCGGCAGCAGGAGGAGGCGGAGGUUGUGAGGCGGUCGCAGCGCAGCCCGGCCCGGCCCUGCCCGGCCCAGCCCAGCCCAGCGCUGGCAGGGGAGGAGUGAGCGGCGGCGGCGGCGGAGGCGGAGGCCGGGCAGCAGAAAAUGGUCGCUCGGGGCUCAUCACCGCCGAGGCGCCGCCGCUGAGCGGGGUCCUUGCGCAGGGCGACGGGCGGGAGCGGCAGCGCCUGGGCUGGCCCAGUGGGGCCCGGGAGCAUGCGGCGGCGGCGGCGCGGGGAGCAGUGAACGCUGCAGCUGCGCGUCUCGGCGCUGCCUUCCGCCGCGGCUCCGCCGGGGACAUGGAGCCCUUCCCCAGCGAUCGAAUUCAGUUACCCAGGAACAUGAUUGAAAACAGCAUGUUUGAGGAAGAACCUGAUGUGGUUGACUUGGCUAAGGAGCCUUGCUUGCAUCCGUUGGAACCAGAUGAAGUGGAAUAUGAGCCAAGGAGUUCACGACUAUUGGUGCGUGGCCUUGGAGAACACGAAAUGGAUGAUGAGGAGGAGGAUUAUGAAUCUUCAGCAAAAUUGUUGGGCAUGUCUUUCAUGAACAGAAGCUCAGGUCUCCGUAAUAAUGGAGCUGGAUACAGACAAAAUCCAGAUGGUUCAUGCUCAGUGCCGUCUACAAGGACCAUGGUGGUUUGUGUGGUUGUUCUCGUGAUUGCAGUUUCAGUCAUAAUGGUGAUUUAUCUUCUUCCCAAAUGUACUUUUACCAAAGAAGGCUGCCAUAAAAAAAAUCAUACAAUGGAACUUGUAUAUCCUUUAGCAACUAAUGGAAAGGUAUUUCCUUGGGCAAAGAUUAGGCUUCCUAGUAACAUCAUACCACUACAUUACAGUCUCUCUUUACAGCCAAACCUAACCACUAUGAAAUUUGUAGGUUCUGUACAGAUUACUGUUAAUGUCACCCAGGUAACUUGGAAUAUCGUACUUCAUAGCUCAGGACUUAAUAUCACCAAGGCUACGCUUCGUUCAGAAGAGGGGAGUCAAGGAAAAGUAGUUGAAGUUCUGGAGUACCCAGCGCACAACCAGAUUGCAGUUGUGGCUCCUGAAGCUCUUCUUGUAGGGCAGAACUACGUCCUCAGCCUGGACUAUUCAUCUGAUUUAUCAGAUACCUACUAUGGAUUUUACAGAAUCUCCUACAAGGAUGAACAUUCUGAGAAAAGGUGGCUUGCAGCAACUCAGUUUGAACCUCUGGCAGCAAGGUCUGCUUUCCCCUGCUUUGAUGAACCAGCAUUUAAAUCCACGUUUCUAAUUAAGAUAAGGAGAGAUGAGCAACAUUCUACCCUGUCUAAUAUGCCAAAGAAUACAACUGUCCCAGUGACAGAUGGAAUAGUUCAAGAUGAGUUUUAUCCGACUUUGAAGAUGAGUACUUACCUGGUAGCCUUCGUUGUUGGAGAUCUGAAGAAUAUAAGCCAGGAAACAAACAGGACACUGGUAUCUGUCUAUGCCAUCCCACAGAACCUAGGCCAAGUUGAGUAUGCCCUAGAUGCAGCAGUGAAGUUCCUGGAAUUUUAUCAAAAAUAUUUUUGUAUAGACUACCCUCUUCAAAAAUUAGAUUUGGUAGCAAUUCCUGAUUUUCAAGCAGGUGCUAUGGAAAACUGGGGUUUGAUCGUCUUUCGAGAGACAACACUCCUUUAUGAUAACAAAACCUCUUCAGCAGUUGACAAAAAGCUGGUAACAGCAGUCAUAGCUCAUGAGAUGGCCCAUCAGUGGUUUGGUAAUCUAGUGACUAUGGAAUGGUGGAACGAUCUUUGGCUGAAUGAAGGAUUUGCCACUUUUAUGGAAUAUUUUGCCUUGAAAGAAACUUUUCCAGAUCUACACACUGAUGAAGAUUUCCUGAAUUUACAGUUCAAGACCAUGAUGAAAGAUGCCUUGAACUCCUCUCAUCCAGUCUCCUCUGCUGUCCAGUCUUCAGAGCAGAUUGAAGAAAUGUUUGAUGCACUUUCCUAUAUCAAGGGGGCUUCUCUUUUGUUGAUGUUGAAAAACUUUCUUGCUGAGGAUGCUUUUCAAGCUGGCAUUGAGAAUUAUUUGCUAAAUCACAGCUAUGGAUCCACCCAAAGUGAUGACUUGUGGGACAGCAUGAAUGAGAUUACCAAUGGAACACUAGAUGUAAAAGCAAUGAUGAAAACCUGGAUUCUGCAGAAAGGACUUCCACUAGUGACUGUUAAAAGAAAAGGAAAGACCAUUCAUGUGGAACAGGAGAGAUUUUUACGAAGUACGGGAUCGGAGAAUCAGACUUCAUCUGCAAGUUAUCUGUGGCAUAUUCCUCUUACUUACAUGACUAGCAACCGUGACCUCACUUUUCUUUUUCCUACUGUAUAUUUACUGAACCAAAAGUCAGCUACAAUUGAACUGUCGGAAGAGGUUGAAUGGGUGAAGUUCAAUGUGGACAUGAGUGGCUACUACAUAGUGCACUAUGCUGAAGAGGACUGGCAGAUUCUGAUUGACCUGCUGCAAAGAGAUCACACCGCUCUCAGGCCAAAAGACCGAGCCAAUCUGAUCAACAAUAUCUUCAGCCUUGCAGGCCUAGGAAAGGUGUCUCUGACAAAAGCCUUUGACCUGAUUGAUUACCUAACAAAAGAGGACAGCACAGCACCAAUCUCUCAAGCUUUGUUCCAACUGAAUCUCAUCUACAACCUUGUAGAAAAAAGGGGAAUGCAGGAACUUGCAGGAAGAGUAGUGAACAGAGUAGUAAAGCUGCUUGGAAACAAAAUUGAUCACCAAAUUUGGACUGACAGUGGAACCCUAUCUGAACGAGAACUGCGGUCAACAUUAUUAUCCUUUGCCUGCUCCCAUAAUUUGGGAAACUGUAGCACCACUGCCACUGACUGGUUUAAAAAAUGGAAGGAGUCUAAUGGUACAGUGAGUGUACCUGCUGACGUUAUGAAAACCAUAUUCACAGCUGGAGCAAAAACUAGAGAAGGCUGGGAAUUCCUUUUAACCGUGUACACACAUUCAGCUUCUGAAGCUGAGAAGAGCAAAAUGCUUGAAGCUCUAGCCAGCACAGAUGAUGUCCGAAAACUGAUCUGGUUAAUGCAAGCAAGCCUUGAGGGAGAACACAUAAGGGCACAAGAAUUUUCUCAUAUCAUAGCAACUAUCAGCCAGAGAUUUCCUGGACAUUUGUUGGCCUGGGACUUCGUUAAAGAGAACUGGGAAAUGCUUACACAGAAAUUCCACCUAGGAUCAUUUGUUGUCCAGAACGUUGUUAUAAUGUCAACCUGCCAGUUUUCAACAGAGGCACAUCUACUUGAGGUGAAGACAUUCUUUGAGUCAAAAUUGGAGGACAGUUCUCAACUUCACUGUGUUGAAGAAGCUAUUGAGACAAUUCAGUUAAAUAUCCAGUGGAUGGAGAAAAACUUGGCGAAGUUACAACAAUGGCUGUAGGGAGCACAGUGCCACCUGUGUGUGUGCUUGUGUGUAUGUUAGUCACUCAGAAAGCUUGUGAACUGUUGCUCUGUUGCUUUUGCAGAUGCCAGGGUAAAACCAGACAUCGCUGCAACAUUGUUUGCACUAUUAGGGGGUUCUAGUUAGCUCAGGGCACCUCUCAUCUAAGGGUUUGUUUUUUGUUUUUCUGGGGGUUUUACAGGCAGGACAUAGGUAUGUAUUUAUUCUGAAGCUGUGUUCAUCUACAGACCAGUUCUCUCCAUAAAUAACAAAUAUAUACUUAAUUUUAUGUUUAAAACAAAUGCCCUUUCAUUUGGAAUCCUGUCCUGUUUUUUCAACGUUGGGUUGAAUAUUGAAAAGGCAGCCACAAAGAGCUACCAUAAGGGCUGCUUUUCUUUGCAGACUGCUGGCUAAUCAGCAUUCUUUAUGCAAAACUGCUGAUGGCCUCUUGCUCUGUAGAUUGGUAUAUCUAUUGAGAAUCAAAUGAAAGUUUUACACAUGUAGGUGUUAAUAGUCCUGUUGAGGUACACGAGUUUGAGGGGAUGGAAGACAAAAAAAUCAAGUUUCAACUUUAGCUUUUGAUUAUCAAGGUGUUUUCUAGAAAUUAUAAGAAUAAAUAUAGCUAUUAUUAUAUAUAAUAUGUAUUUUUGUCUGAAGUGGCCAGGUGCCACUGAUACGGUAUAUGAAAAGGAAAGAAAAAGCCAAAUAGCUAGAAUUAACAAUUUAGAAAGUGGGGAUUUCCAAAAGGAUCUAUGUGACUUGGGAGCACAAAUCCCAUUAAAAGUCUGGGAUCUGUACUUUUAACUCUGUUAGACCCUUUCAGAGAACUCUCCCUGAAUUGUCAGAUUGUACUAACAGUGUCUGAGCAGCAGCACAAAAAUUGCCAUAGGAAGUUGCUCCAGGCUUGUUUAAACAUGAGACUGACUACUAAUUAGCUCUUUUGACUACUGAUUUUUCUUUCAGCACUCCUUGCAGAGGCUUGCAAUUGGUACGCUUGUGUCGGAUACUGUUUGGGUUGGUCAGUCUAUUUAUUCUUUUUUCAGUGUCACUAGUAUAAUUUGUGAGGUGCUUACUCUGUGUUUUUGCAUAAUUUUCUCACUGGGGCUUUAUUUAUGUGUCCUUCCAUUGUGAAUAAACUACUGGGGAAAAAUCCUAAAACCAAUUCAAACAAGUGACCUAAAACUAAAUUUACUCUAUCAAAAGGCAAAAUAAUCUACGUCACUAAAACAAAAUUUAGCAAACCUCAUUCAGGGGCUUGGUAUAGGCACAAAAAUGUAUUUGUAUAAGUGAAGACAGGAUUUUUAUUUUGUUUUGAAUUAAAGCGGUGGAGCUUUUGUGUCUGGACGCUUUUAAACCAGGACCCUAUUGUUUGGUUCUUUGAGUCAAAUUGCACAGACAAAUGGACAUAUCUGGUUGUAAACCAAUAUGAGAGAGUCCACAAACAAAAGCUGCAGUGAUUUAACUAAAUGGAUUUUUAGUUAAGCCGGUUCAAAAUUGGUUGUGCAGACGAAAGGUGAGAGAAAUUACUACUUCAAAGCAGGCAAAGAAUAUUUUGAAUUACAAUCAACUUGAUUGAUUGACUCUGAAUGUCACCAUUUUAAUACAGAGUUUUUGGGAUUUUUUAAGGAACAGAACUACUUUCACCUGUGAGUUGUGGUGUUAAACUAGAGUAUCUAUAAGUGGUUAGCAAAAAUUGCCAAGUGAAAAAAAGGAUUUGAUGGUUUUCACCAGUGGAUAUAUACUUAAACGAUUUAACUAUGGAGUUUUCAUUCCCAUAUUUUAUAUAUUUCUGGCAGGUUAAAACACUUUUUUCAACAUUCUCUAGUAAUUUAUUUUAAAAAUUGCUACUGCCGUCCUAACCUUGAAAUCAUUGGAAAAGAAUGUUACCCCUCGAGGAUGCAUACAACACUUUACGUUUCUCUGUUAAUGGAAAUGAACAUAUUUGGCAGGCACUGAAACUGGAUUUGGCUGUGUAUGCACUGACAGUGGAUUUCAACUUCCUUAUCAGCUAAUUAAUUCUGAUUUAAAAUCAUUGUGUUCUUGAAUUACUAGUAUUUACUACACUGUUUAGUUCUAUUUAACCAGUAACUGUCUUUGAGCUAUAUUUUUUAGUGUACUUUGUGUCAUUUUAUGUCUCUCUACAUUUGCCUCUUCAUUCUAGAUAGUGCUGUCUUCACUUCUCUCUUUCCCCUUUUGCCCACCACCACCAAUGUCAUAAUUUCAGAAGGAGCUCAGUGAGCACUGUGGAAAACUUCACUUGCCACCCCCACUCCCCCCGUUCCUAACUGGAGACUUCAGGAAUAGUUUACUAUUGUGUUCAAACAAGUUACUGGUGAUGUUCUUUGUACAAGGAAAUACUAUGCAGCUGAAUUUUAGAGUGCAAAAAUGGAGGUUUUCUUUAAAAUUCCAAGGUUUUUCAUUUUGCCAGUAUCAAUGGAUACAUUUUAGGGGUUUUAUAUGUAACUUUUUACUACAUACAUAGAUAUAAUAAUGUGGAUUCUUCAAUAUCAGUUGUUCUUUUUUCUGGACUGUAGUCUGGAGCUGGGAGCCAGCUUCUAGUAAAGUAAAGAAAGAUUCAUACUCUAUGACAGGGGUUAGAUCGGAUGUUUUUUUGAGAAGUACUAAGCAAGCUCAUCUCUUUAGUUCAGCAGGAACUGAGGAGAACUGGCACUGCUAAGGAUCAAGCCAUGACUCACACUUGAGCCUCAUUUGUCAUGUCUUUAAAUGAACAGAAUCUUGAUAGUUCUUUUGUCUUCCAGUCAAAAGAAAAGCACAUAGGUAGCAAAGUGUGCCGCUGCCUCCUUGCUAAGAGUCCAUCAUAUUUUUCUGUCAAACAUUAUAGAACAAGAGGCUGUAUACGUCUUGGGACAGUGUGUUUAUAUCUUUGUUUUUCUCAGUGAGAGAGAUUCCCACUUAACAGCUACUGGCCAUUUACCAGCAGCUGAGGGCCUCCUCCAUUUUUGUGCAAUUAUUUUUGUUAAGCAUAUAGUUAGUAAUUAUUAUAUCCAGUCACAUUUCAUAAACCUUCUUCAAACAGUUAGAAUCGCUUUAGUUUUGGUACUUGGCAGUGCCUCCAUUGGAAAUGGUAUUAAAUUGAGAAGACUAAGAAUCUAAUGGAAAACAUGGAUUACAUAGAUCUGUAAAUCAUUUUUAUAAUAUAUCACUUCUAAAAUUAGCCUACCAGGAAAACCUGUACUACUAGCUUCAUUUUUGGUUUUAGCUUUUUCCAUGGAAAACAGGCUAGCUGCUAAUGCGUCUUAGAUUUAAUUGGGAAAUAAUUGCAAGCUUAUUUUUUAAGCUAAAGUUUUUAUUUACCUUCAAUCAUUUGCACGAGUUUUUGGCUUCUUGAAUUACCUGUAGUGAGGUCAGAAUAUGUGGAGAAAAAGAGCCUGGAGUGGGUCAGACUUGGCUGUUUAAAUCUGAUUGCAGCAACGGUAUGUGUGCCUUAUGGAUUAUGUUACUAUGACAUUACAGAUAACAUGCCAGAAUAAAAAAUGGCUGUAUUUUUUUUUUGGCAGGGGUGGGGGGGCAGUACAUUCAAGUCCUUUUCACCCCAACUGUUAUGUUUUUAUUUUUUGACUGGAUGUGCCUCUAUCUUCUGUUGAAAGACACCAAGGCUGUUUUCCCAUCUCUUGCACUGAGUGGGAACUAACUAAUUUCAGCUACCUAUGAAUCCAGGAUUAUAGCUUCAGGAUUUGCAGAGGGAUAAUUUGAAUUAAUCCACAGACUUUCACUUUGGUAUAUCAAUACAUAUGCAAUAUUCAGUUUGCAUUCCCAAAGAUGUCUCCUUUCCUGAAUUUCUGCUCAUAACUUCUAGAUAUUCACAUAACUGGUGAAAAGUCUGAAAGGACUAUUUACUGAAGUUGCCUUCCUCUGGUGCAAUUUAUAAAGGCAAGUUGAAUAGGCAGAUUUGUAUAUCCUUUUGAUUUUGAAAGUGUGGCUGAUACAGUUGUAUUUCAGUAUGUUUAUUGUUAGAUAUCUUCCAGUAACUUACUACUGAAGCAAAAUUAUGUUUGCUUUGACAAAGCAAAUGAUACUAUCUAAACAGGUACCUCAUUACUCAACAUUACUGAAAUGAAUCCUCUUUACAUUUUAUUUACAAAAUCUGUUACCUAAAAUACCCAUGUCUUUGCUAGACUGACAGUGUGAUAGACAACUUUAAUUGUAGUAUUAAUUGGUUAUUGUUAUAAAUUGAAAGGCCAAAGGAAUGCUGUUUGUCCAUAGAAAUUAGAACUUUUUGUCUGUUCCUUCUGUCUUGCAACAUUUUGAAGGCUUUGACACUGUGCAUGCAUUUUAUAAGUAAUGCCAUAAGUAACAGUAGUGGCCUUAAUUAUUUUCUCUUGGUGGCCAUGUGCUGCAAGGAAGUUUGACCCUUGAAGUGAGUCCUGUUUAUGACUUCAUAUCCUUCACCUGUUCUCCAUUAGGUAAAACAUUCCUUUUUCUGACAGAUUGUAAUUGUUUUUGCUCUGCAGGAAGACAUUAUCUUUCAUUGCACUCUGAAAUUUAAAACAAUGCUGCCUCAGUAACCAUACUUUUUUGUAUGCAGUUAGAUAGUAUGUUUUUAACUUGUAUAUUUCUGAAUCCUGUUUCAUACAGUUACUUCACUUCAUCACAUAGUAAAUGUUGUUGUGUCACAUUUGGCUAUGCUGUAUAGAAAAUGCACGAGUAAACUUACUUUUACAUCAUAGUGCUAUUUAUUCUUAUUGAUUUUAUUAAGAUGCUACUAAGCGUUGAAAGAUUUUGCGUUUUUUUUAAUGAGGCAUGGGUUCACAUGAUCCUUAGAAAAAAAAAUUAAAGGAUGUUAUUUACCACAUUUAAACUCUCAGGUCAUAUUGCUAAAAAAGUUAAAACUCUAGUUUUGCUGUGUUACUUAAGCGUGCUGCUGUAGGAGAAAUACAGACUUUUAUAUGUGACAAUUUAGCUUUUAUCAAGAGCGAGAGGCAGGCAUCUUUUUUGUGUUCAUCAUAAUGGCAUUUAGCAAAUAACUGUAUAAUCUAAUAUAUCUCCUUGUAUAAAAACAUAUAGCUUGAAUGGAUUAAAAUACAUGCAAACUUGGAUUGAAUUAUUAAAAAUCAAGUAUGUUUUCUGUUCCAAGAGUUUAAAACACUGAUUUUUUUUGUAGAGCCAAAAUGAGCCCAGUAUUUCAGUCUUGAUAUAAAGGUAAUUUGCCCUUGAAGAAUGAAACCCUUCAAGUUACUUUGGAAACAUUACAAAGGGAUUACAUGUUACAUUUUAUGUACGUUAAAAAUACACAGUUUAAUGUACAAGCAUCUGUGUCUGGGCUUUGUAUGGUGGAAUUCUGGGUUGUACAAUACUUGCCUUUAGGCAAAGGGGUUUCUGAAAAUAGUAUGUGUAGAUAUAUAUUAUAUGCAAAUCUGUGUCUUGUUUCACUUAUAAAGGGAGAAAAAUCUUAUUUUCUUUAUAUUCAGACAAAUUGGUUUGCAUAUAACCAGCACUGACUUAAUGGCAUGUGUACUGCAAACACUGUUGCUUUUGUGAGAUGGGAAUAAAGUAUUUAAAUACAAA